GUUCGGCUCAAGGACUUAUCCCCGGCCGAUCGCGCUCGGUUCUCUGAGUCAGACGCCAAGGAAUGGGCUGCGAUGCUGGCGACGGGCGCGGUGCGCGUGCUGUCGCCCGAGGAGUCGGUCUCGGCUCGGCGUCGAUUUCCCGACCGCAUUUUGUCUUCUCGGAUGGUGCGGAGGCUGAAACCGGUCCAGGGGGUGGGCUCACUCCCCGAGCCGAAAUCACGAUGGUGCGUCCAUGGGCAUCAGGAUCCCGAUUCCGAGACCCUAGAGGUCUACGCUCCCACGCCUCAGUCUGAGAGUGUGCUCAUGUGUUUGCAGAUUGCUGCUUCGUUUGGAUGGACUUUGACCAUCGCGGACGCAAAGAAUGCUUUCUGCCAGAGCCAGCGACUGGAGCGCCCCCGUGGCGCGAUUUUCGUUGAGCCGUGCUCCGGGUUGCCUAUAGGCCCCGAUCAGUUGAUAGAACUGGUGGCGCCCGUAUAUGGUCUCAACGAUGCCCCGCUUCUGUGGCAUCGCACUCUGACUGACUGGCUCGUCGGGGAAGGUUUUACCAAAUCUCUCUUGGAACCGUGCCUGCGGCUGAAAAGGAGCCGCUGGGGCAAGCUCGAGGGUUCCGUGCUCAUUGAGGUGGACGACCUCAUCGUGUCCGGGGGUCCCGCCUUUUUAGCGAACUUCAAGGAGAAAGCCACGGCGAGGUUCCGUUUCGGGAAGUGGUGUCAGUCGGACUCGGAGUUCGCUGGGCGUCAUCUUCGCCAGUUCCAGGUCAAGUCGUAUCGGGCGGUGGUGGCUCAGGUGCAAUGGGUGGCCAGAGAGUCGCGUCCCGACGUGGCGGGAGCCGCGUCGAUCCUGGCCGGAGCCAUGCCCACGCCGCUGGUGUCUCAUGCGUUGUUGCUGGGCAAGGUUUGUAAGUUUCUGAAGGCCACGGCUUCCCAGAGGCUGACGAUCUGGGCUCUCGACCCCGUUUCCCUUGUCUUUGUGACGGCGUCUGAUGCCUCUGGCCCGGGGUCGGCUAGUCGAGGAGGGUCCCAGGGCGCGUGGCUGGUCAUGGCCGCAGACGCCUCCAUCCGGGCCAAUCGCCGGGCCAGGGUCUCGCUCUUGUCUUGGCGCUCCCAGAGACUCAAAAGAGUUAUCAGCUCCACCGUUGCCGCCGAAACGUUGGCCUUGAGUAGUGCCGUGGCCGAGGCUCAGUAUCUUCAAGUGUUGUGGCGGGAUGCGGUGUUCGGGGACGUUCAGAAACCUGCCUGGCACCUGAGCGCGGCUCCCUUUUCUGUCGUGAUGUCCUCAUCCUGUGAGUUGGGCAGUCGAGCUGCGUCCUUGGCCGUGGUGGACGCGAAGUCAGUGUUCGACACUCUCAGCAAGAAUGCCGCCGGGUCCCGGUCCGACCGUAGGAAUGCGGUGGAACUCGCUGUGGUUCGGGACUCCUUGAGUUCCAUGGGGUCCCAAAUUCGGUGGCUGCCCCAUGGACGUAUGCCGGCGGAUCCGCUUACGCAUGCGGACCCGGCCAAGAGUAACCUGGCGUUGCAUGACCUACUCUGUCGAGGCACAUUGUGCCUGGUCGACGAGGGCGGGCACCUCGAUGAGCGCUCGCUCAACCUGUCCCUCAAGUCCCGGCGCGAGGGGCCGGGAGCGCCCGCCUUCCUCGCCUUCGAGCUGCAGGUUCGGCAGGCCCUCGCCGAUCCGCGCGCCCACCGCGCGGGUGGCCAGCCACGCACCGCGGCGCUGGGCAAGGAGACCCUCGGC